UCUUCUCUGCCUCUAAUUAGUACAAAAGUGGUUUCUCCUUGCAUUGUGAUGACAACAACCAAAUCUCAUCAUAAUGUGAAAGCUUUAGUGACUAUGAAGACAUUAUUAUUAAAGAAACCACUAGAUGUCCAUUCAUUAUUCAUCACUAACAAUGCAUCUUCCUCUUCCUAUAUAUGGAGGAAAUUAGACACCUAUAGUUUCCACAAAAACAAUAGUACUUAUAAUUUGUUCUUGAAAUCUUCUCUGCCUCUAAGUAAGAAAGUUAUUUCUCCUUGCAUUGUGAUGGCAACAACCAAAUCUCAUCAUAAUGUGAAAGCUUUAGUGACCAUGAAGACAUUUUUGUUGAAGAAACCAUUACAUGUCCAUUCAUCAUUUAUCACUAACAAUGCAUCUUCCUCUUCCUAUAUAUGGAGGAAAUUAGACACCUAUAGUUUCCACAAAAACAAUAGUACUUAUAAUUUGUUCUUGAAAUCUUCUCUGCCUCUAAGUAAGAAAGUUAUUUCUCCUUGCAUUGUGAUGGCAACAACCAAAUCUCAUCAUAAUGUCAAAGCUUUAGUGAGUGUGAAGAAAAGUGAUGAUGGUCUCCUAAAGAAUCUUGUUACUGGUAUUGUUGGUAAUAAUCACUUGGUUUUGGAGCUGGUCAGCUCUGAACUUGAUCCAAAAACGAACUCGGAGAUUGAGACAAUAAAAGGAAAAGCACAUGAAACAGAGAAAAAUGAGAACGAAGUUCAAUAUGAAGCAACAUUUGAGUUACCAACAAAUUUUGGAAAUGUGGGUGCUGUUUUGGUUGAAAAUGAACACAGCAAAGAGAUAUUUCUAAAGAACAUAGUCCUUGAUGGUUUCCCUGAUGGGCCUGUCCACCUUAGUUGUAAAUCAUGGAUUCAGCCCAAGCAUGAUACUCCUACAAAGAGAGUUUUCUUCACUAACAAGAUGUAUUUGCCAUCACAAACACCAAGUGGAUUAAGAAAGCUGAGAGAAAAUGAGUUAAUAGAACUAAGAGGAAAUGGUGAAGGAGAAAGAAAAAGUUCAGACAGAAUCUAUGACUAUGAUGUCUAUAAUGAUCUUGGUGAUCCUGACACCAACAUUGCCCUCAAAAGACCUGUUCUUGGUGGCUCUAAACAAUAUCCUUAUCCAAGACGCUGUCGCACUGGUCGAAAACAUUCAAAUACAGAUCCAUCAUAUGAAACGCGAGACUCGAGUAGUUUUUAUGUUCCUCGCGAUGAGGCUUUUGCCGAGAUAAAGGAGAUACAAUUUGACACAACCACAGCGUCCUCGGGAGUAAAAACAAUUCUGGAAUCCUUGGAUACAAUUCUAACUGACAUAGAUCUUGGAUUUGUUAGCUUUGAAGACAUAGACACACUUUACAAAGAAGGAUUUCAAUUACCAUCAUCUCUAGACUCCAAUAAGUUAACAUUGCUCCAAAAAGUCAUUCCCAAGUUGAUCAAGGCUACUAAUGAUAGCCAAAACUUUUUGCGCUUCGAUACACCAGAAGCACUUAAAAGAGACAAAUUCUUUUGGCUAUCAGAUGAGGAAUUUGCAAGGGAGACUUUGGCAGGGGCCAACCCAAAUAGCAUCCAAUUAGUCAAGGAAUGGCCUCUAAGAAGUAAACUAGAAUCACAAAUUUAUGGUUCACCAGAAUCAGCUAUCACAAGAGAAGUCGUCGAGUCGCAGAUAAUUGGUUAUACAACAGUUGAAGAGGCCAUUCAAGAGAAGAAAUUGUUUAUGUUAGACUACCAUGAUUUGUAUUUACCAUAUGUAAGCAAAGUGAGGGAAUUGAAGAAUACUACACUGUAUGGAUCAAGAACAUUGUUCUUCCUCACAAAACAAGGCACAUUAAAGCCACUAGUUAUUGAGCUCACUAGACCAAUUAUUGGUGAUAAACCACAAUGGAAACAAAUUUUCACACCUGCUUCUGAUUCUACCAAUCUUUGGCUUUGGAGGCUUGCCAAAACACAUGUUCUUGCUCAUGAUACCGGUUACCAUGAAAUUAUAAGCCAUUGGUUAAGAACUCAUUGUGUUGUAGAACCUUUUGUCAUUGCAACAAAUAGACAACUUAGCACCAUGCAUCCAAUCUACAAGUUACUUCAUCCACAUCUCAGAUAUACCUUGGAGAUCAAUUCACUUGGUCGUCAGAUUCUUACUAGUGCUUAUGGUGUCAUUGAAGACACAUUCUUUACUAAAAAGUAUUCAAUGGAAUUAAGUUCUGUGGCAUAUGAUAAGCUUUGGCAAUUUGAUUUGCAAGGACUACCAAAUGAUCUUAUCCAUAGAGGAAUGGCUGUGGAAGAUUCUAAUGCACAACAUGGCCUUAAGCUAGCAAUUGAAGACUACCCUUUUGCCAAUGAUGGUCUUCUCAUAUGGGAUGCUAUUAAACAAUGGGUGACAGAUUAUGUCAACCAUUACUAUCCAAGUCCAAGUAUCAUAGAAUCUGAUCAAGAGCUUCAAGCAUGGUGGACAGAAGUUCGAACAAAGGGUCACAGCGACAAAUCUGAAGAACCAUGGUGGCCAAAUCUCAAAACACAAAAAGAUCUUGUUGAUAUCAUCACAACUAUAGCUUGGAUAGCAUCUGCUCAUCAUUCAGCUACAAACUUUGCACAAUAUGCAUAUGGAGGCUAUUUUCCUAAUAGACCUACAAUUGCUAGAAACAAUAUGCCUACAGAAGACCCUACAAAGGAAGAAUGGGAAAAAUUUGUGAACAAACCUGAGCAAACACUUUUGGAAUGUUUUCCAUCACAAAUUCAAGCAACCUUAGUGAUGACAAUUUUGAACUUAUUGUCAUAUCAUUCACCAGAUGAAGAGUACUUAGGACAACUCAUUGAACCAUCAUGGACUGAGAAUCCAACAAUAAAGGUAGCAUUUAAAAAGUUUAAUGGGAGAUUGAAGGAAAUUGAAGGUAUAAUAGACUCAAGGAAUGCAAAUAGUGAUUUGAAAAAUAGGAAUGGAGCUGGGAUAGUGCCAUAUGAGCUUAUGAAACCAUUUUCAGGACCUGGAGUCACUGGAAAGGGAGUUCCAUAUAGCAUAUCUAUUUAGUAAUCAUGCAUCACAUGUUUCAUUAAUUUUACUACAACAAUAAGUCCUAUAUAUUACUUUUGCACAAUUACUUUUGUUGUGUGAUAUGAUGAAUGGUUUGUUAAUAACUGUGAUGGGAAUAACUAUCAAGACAUCAAGUAGAAGGGUUGAUAUUAUAGUA